GGUUCAGGGUUCCUGGUGUAGUUAAAGAUGCUGCCCUUUCUGCAAACGUUACCAGUUAGACACCGACGAUAAACAAACGACACGGCAAGGUAAGGUUGGAUAAGGUCGACGAGGGACCCCUCUGUCUCUGAGAACCAACACGUCCUUUGAACAGCAUGGAGAACGACACUGACUCAAAAAAGAUGAACGGCCAGCCUGAGGGUCCUGCAGCCCAUUCCAAACCCAGAGAGAGCAUGCAGCUGAAGAAGGAAAUCUCUCUCCUGAAUGGUGUCAGCCUUAUCGUGGGCAACAUGAUUGGCUCGGGCAUAUUUGUCUCACCCAAGGGCGUUCUCAUCUACAGCGCCUCCUAUGGACUGUCUCUAGUAAUCUGGGCAAUCGGUGGCAUCUUUUCAGUAGUGGGCGCUCUCUGUUAUGCAGAGCUGGGCACCACUAUUAAGAAGUCUGGUGCCAGCUAUGCCUACAUCCUAGAGUCGUUUGGAGGUUUUAUAGCAUUUAUACGCCUGUGGACAUCAUUGCUUAUCAUUGAACCAACAAGCCAGGCAGUAAUAGCCAUCACUUUUGCCAACUACCUAGUUCAACCUCUCUUCCCCACCUGCGAGCCGCCAUAUUCUGCAUCUCGGCUCAUUGCUGCAGCUUGUAUCUGUUUGCUGACCUUCAUUAAUUCCGCUUAUGUUAAGUGGGGUACGAGGGUGCAGGAUGUCUUCACUUACGCCAAAGUGCUGGCCCUCAUUGUCAUUAUAAUCACAGGGAUAGUGAAACUGUGCCAAGGUUUCACAAUAAACUUUGAGGAUUCUUUCCAAGGCUCGUCUCGUGACCCAGGAGGUAUUGCUUUGGCUUUGUACUCGGCUCUUUUCUCAUACUCAGGAUGGGACACGCUUAACUUUGUCACAGAAGAGAUAAAGAACCCUGAAAGGAACCUUCCUCUGUCCAUUGCAAUCUCCAUGCCGAUUGUUACAAUCAUCUACAUCCUUACAAAUGUGGCCUAUUAUGCUGUGCUCGACAUGAGUGCCAUCCUUGCCAGUGAUGCUGUCGCUGUGACGUUUGCGGAUCAUACCCUGGGAGUGAUGAGUUGGACCAUCCCCAUUGCGGUUGCUUUAUCCUGUUACGGAGGUCUAAAUGCUUCCAUCAUCGCUGCAUCCAGGUUGUUUUUUGUGGGAGCUCGAGAAGGUCAUCUUCCAGAUGCUCUGUCUAUGAUCCACAUUGAGAGAUUCACACCGGUUCCUGCUUUGCUUUUCAAUUGUGCCAUGGCUCUCAUUUACCUUACAGUGGAGGAUGUUUUUCAGCUGAUUAAUUAUUACAGCUUCAGUUACUGGUUUUUCGUGGGUCUGUCUAUCGCCGGACAGAUCUACCUUCGCUGGAAGGAGCCUGACAGACCCCGACCACUGAAGUUGAGUCUGGCAUAUCCCAUCAUCUUCUGCUUGUGUGUUGUGUUCCUGGUGGCUGUUCCACUUUAUUCUGACACACUCAACUCACUCAUUGGAAUUGCUAUUGCCCUCUCCGGUGUGCCAGUUUACUUCUUGGGCAUCCACCUUCCUGAGUCCAAGCGGCCACCGAUUAUCACUAAACUAUUGAGUGCCAUCACCCGUUUCACCCAGUUCACCUGCUUUUGUGUGCUCACUGAGAUGGACACUGUUGAUUAGGACACUUCUCUGGUUCAAGAAGAGGAAACCAACACCUGGAGAUAAGGGAAAACGUUCUUCCACACUUUUAAAGACACUGAUGCACUCCUUAAGGCACCACGUUGGGUUCAUAUUUUUGUUUAUCACGUAAGGUUUCCGUUAAGGUCACAGUGCACUGCCGUUUCAGGAAUACGUCCUUCGGACCAAAUGGCAUAAAAAUGAAAGCCGUUUUACAGCUCUGGUUCUUAAUGGUACUGAGAUGCGAGCAUCGUCUGUGUACUAUUAGAGAAACAGGGACAUGAACAGGAUGCAGUGGUUUGUGUGCGCCAUUAUGAACAUGGCUGAGAAUUAGACGUUUGUGUUUGCGUUACAUUUACUUUCUUAUUUUCUAACAUGGUUUUAUUUAGAAAUUCAUUUUUAACUUAAAAUGUAUCUUUUUUUUUAAGCAAAAGAGAUUUUAUUUUCGUCAUGAAAGUGUCAAUACAUGUAUAGUAUAUAAAAUUAUUUUCUCCCUGCUGAAAAUGUAAACACGCGCUAGUUAAAAAAUUGACACCUGGCUGCGAGUUUAAGUUGGUUCUUUGCCUGUCUUGUCCUAGUCUUAAAGAAACACACCACUUUUUUUUUGAAAAUAGGCUCAUUUUGCAGCUCCUCUAGAGUCAAACAGUUGAGUUUUACUAAAUUUCGAAUAAUUUUGUUAAUCCAUUCAGCCAAUCUUUAAGUCUGGUGGGAGCACUUUUAGCUUAGCUUAGCAUAGAUCAUUGUAUCGCAUUAGACCAUUAGCAUCUCGCUCUAUUAAAAAAAGUGUUUCAAUCACUUUAAUGUUUAAAGCUCGACACUUCUUGGGUUAUAUUGUAUUCUAAGACCUACUUAAAACAAUAACUUUUUUCUAGGUCGAUUUGACAAGGAACUAUCCUACCAUUCCAGUGUAAUAUUCAAGGAACUGCUACUGUACCAUGGUUGCAUCAGGUGCAAUAUUACACAACACCUGAAAAUCUAAUAAUCAAUAUGACUACAUGCUUGCACAGGGAGUGUGUGCUCUGCACGUUGGAAGUUACUUAGCUGGGGACUUUUUCAGGCAGUGCAUAAUAUUAUUGCGCCUGCUGCAGCCAUGGUUCGACAUAAAGGUUAUCACAGCAGAAUGAGAGUAUGGUUCUAAACAAUAUUGGCCUAGAAAAUGGCAUCUUUUCAUGUCCAUUGGUCUGAGUACAUGGUGCAAGUACAGAAGAAUCGAGCUUUAAAUAGGAAAAAUAUCAAAAAUGUUUUUUUUUUUUGUUUUUUAGCAAGAUGCUAUUAGUCUAAUCUGAUUCAAUGAUCUAUGCUAAGCUAAGCUAAAAGUGCUCCCAGUAGACAUGGAGAUCAGCUGACUGGAUACAAAAAUGGUAAAUCUCAACUGUUUAAUUCUAAAGAACUUGUAAAAUGAGCCUAUUGAUUUGAUCAAAAAAGUGGAGUGUUCCCAGACCAGCAAAGAACCAAAUCAAACCAAAUCACAACCAAAAAUAUUUCACAAGACCUGAAAAUCAGCUAAUCAAUAUGACCACAUGCUUGCACAGGGAGUGUGUGCUCUUCACAUUGAAAGUUACUUAGCUGGGGACUAUUUUCAUGCGUUCUGUAAUAUCGUUGCGCCUGCAGCAGCCAUGGUUUAGCUGAGAAGUUCUUUGACUAUCAUGGCAGAAUGAGAGUAAAAUUCUAAGCCAUAUCAACAAAGAUAUAUAGCAUCUUUUCAUUUCCAAUGGUCUCAGUACACCAUGUAACUACAGAAGAGUCGAGCUUUAAAUAGGAAAAAAAUUUUUUUAACUAGAUGCUAAUGGUCUAAUCUGAUUCAAUGAUCUAUGCUAAGCUAAGCUAAAAGUGCUGCCAUUGGACCUAGAGAUCAGCUUAUUGGAUUCACACAUGAUAAAUCUCAACUGUUUAACUGUAGAUGACUUGUGAAAUGAGCCUAUUUAUUUGAUUAAAAGUGGAGUGUUCCCUGAACAGCAAAGAACCAAAGUAAACCAGCUCGCAACCAACAGGAACCAGCUUAAACUAGCAGCCAAGAGUCAAAACUUACCAAACCAGCAUAUGUUGGGUUUUUUUCAGCAGUUCAGUUCUGUUUAAUUGCCCAUAUGCCUUAACUGGAUUUGAUGGGGAAGGUGGUUGUAUGGAUUUAAACGUUGGAAGUUUGCUACUAUGCUUCUGAACGUCACUUGUUGAAAAGGCAAAAAAAAAAAGAAUAAGAAAGUUGCACCAGAAAAGCCGGAAAUAUUUGCAGUGUUAUUUAUGGGGUAGUUCAUUCGAAAAAAAUGUUUACUCAUUUACACCCGCAAAUGGAUCCCAACUUCUACAAGUUUCGAUCCUCCACUGAACACAAAAGACAUUUUAAAUAUGGUUGAAAACCACUUGACACCAACAGCCAUAGUCUAUAGAAAAUUCUACAGAAAUUAAAAGUUUUCAACAUUCUUCAAAAUAGCUUCUUUAGUGUUCAGAAAAAAGAAACUCCAUUAGCGUGUAAUGGGUAAAUAUUUAAAGUAUUCGUUUUUUGGAGUUAAUUUUAUUUUCGGUCAUUUUAAAUUCUGUUAACAUCAGUUAUGAAAGAACAUCAGAGUUAUAGCUAUGAACAUCAGAGUUAUGAAAUUAAAUAAUCAUCCAAAUGAUUUCAUAUUCCCCCAUUAUCAAGUGUCAUGAAUGCUCAUUCUAUAACUCUAUAUAUUAUCUAUAUACAAAAAUUAAAUGUACACAACCAAACAAGCAAUACGUCAGGUGAAUAUCCUGGUAAACUCAGGAGGAAUGUCCAGACGUGGCUAAGAGUUGACUGAAAAAUGUUUACCUUCUACCAGGAAACACAUUUAACAGCUUUUGUUAUUUGCCUUUAUACUCAAGUGUUUUUUAAUUUAUUUGAAAGAACAUCAAUACUUUUUUUUUCUACCUGAAUAAAUUAAACUAUUCACAAGACUUCCAGU